AUGCCAACCAACCGAGCUGAAUUGCUCUCCCAGAACUGGCCACUAUGGCGCAAGAACCUCAACUUUGCACUAGUAUCAUACUAUGUCGUGAUGGUCCUCGCACUAAUCGACGUUGCAACCGUGACCUGGGGCCCCCUCAACCUCGAGCUAGGAUUCAGCUACGAUUUAUUGACCGAUAGCUACGCCGCGGGGUGCGGCUCACUCUGCAUCGGAGGACUCUUCCUAGUCCCCUUCGCUCUGAAAUACGGCCGAAGACCCAUAUACGUGUUCAGCACGGCCAUCCAAUGCGGCAUCAGCGUGUGGUCUGCAAAAAUGCAAACGGUCACUGAGCUCAUGUUGGUGAAUGUAUUGAGCUGCAUCGUCGGAGCACUGGCAGAAGUGCUGGUGCAGAUGACCGUGGCGGAUAUUUACUUCGUCCACCAGCGCGGUCUCACGAACACGAUCUAUUUCUGGUUCAUGACUAUCGGUGUCACGCUGGCGCCUCUAGCCGGUGGCUUCAUUACCCAGUCGCAAGGUUGGCGCUGGGUCUGGUGGUGGAUGGCGAUACUAUUCGGCGCAGGCCUAGUCGCCUUCACGCUCCUCUACGAGGAAACCAUGUUCAACGCCUCGCCUAUCAACGGCGUCCCUGUGACCGAGAAAGAUCAGGACCGAAUCACCAAAGAAGACAUCGAGCUAUCCGCACUCGAUAAACCCGCUCUACCAGCACCGGAGGUCCAACAAUCACCCGAGCUCCCGCUUGAUACCACAAUCCCCUCAAAAAAAUACUAUCAGAAACUCGCGCUCUGGUCGAACUCCCCCGUCCCCUUCUCAGAAGUCGCAAAACACACCUACCAACCAUUCCUAAUCCUCUUCCGCAUUCCAGGCGUCUUCUUCAUGGCCCUCGUCUACGGCGUCAUGACAGCCUGCACAACUGUCCCAGUAACAACCCUCUCCUCCGUAAUGACCCUCCCACCAUACAACUUCAACGCAUCCCAAAUCGGACUAAUGGGAGUCCCACCAUUUGUCGGCACAACCCUAGGGGCCAUGGUCUGCGGACCGCUCAGCGACUCGAUCGCUCUGGCUCUCGCGAAGCGAAAUAAUGGCAUCUUCGAGCCGGAGAUGAGACUCUGGCUGGCGGUUGCGUUUACGCCGCUUGUUCCGGCUGGCUUGUUCAUGUUUGGGAUUGGGUUGAAUAAUGGGUCGCAUUGGCUUUUACCUGCUUUUGGACUCGGGGUUAGUUCUGUCGGCGUGGUUCCGGCUAGUAGUGCUGCGUUGACUUAUUUGACGGAUGCUUAUACGGAGAUUAUUGCCGACUCGGUCGUGGGGGUUACGUUCAUUCGGAAUUUGAUUUCGACGAUUUUCAUCUUCGCCCUGAAGCCGUGGUACGAUCGUGUGGGAUUAAGUUGGUUUUAUGUCACGUUUGGCCUGAUCUCGACUGUUGUUCUGUUGGGCAAUUUGAUCUUCAUCUAUUAUGGGAAGAGUCUUCGGUCGAGGUUAGCAGGGGUUUAUCAUCAUUAUAGUCAGAAGCAGUUGGGCUCUCGGCCAAAUUAG